UACAUAAUAUCUUUGGGUCUGAUGGACACUUACCUUCUUCUCAAGGCUAUAGGUUUUUUCCUUCUUGUAAUAGUUGGGAUACCAGGAAACAUCUUUAUUAUUCUGCAAUUCACCUACAUCAAGAGCAUAGAGAAGACAAUUCUUCCAACAAACAAAAUACUGUCAGUAUUGGCUUUGGCAAAUGUACUUGUCAUCUUUUCUCGCAUCAUUCCACAGUCUCUAAAUGCAAUAGGGGUAGAGGACUUGCUUGAUGACACAGAGUGCAAAUUUGUCAUAUACACGUACAGAGUAAGCAGAGCCAUGUCUAUUUGUGUAACUAGCUUUCUUAGCUGCCACCAGUGUAUUCUUAUUGCUCCAACAACUAGAGUUUGGCUUUAUCUAAAGCGAAGGGUGACACAAAAUGUUAUUGGCGUUAUCAUAAUUUUGUCAAUUAUCAAUUUCUCCAUGUACCCUUAUAGUUAUUUAAGAACUCAUGUGAAGAAAAAUAUAACAACUUCGCCAUAUACCCUUCAUUUGAUUUAUUGUGAUGUUGACUUUCUAACUUAUACAGCAUACAUUAUCAAUGGAACAUUUCAUGCAAUACGUGAUUUUAUAUUUGUAGGACUGAUGACAUUAGCAAGCAGUUACAUGGUGUUCAUCCUUCUUCGUCAUGAAAAGAAUGUGAAAGCAAUUAGGAGCUCUAACAAAGAGCAAAAGUGGUCAGCGGAGUAUAAAGCAUCAAGAUCUGUAAUACUAUUAGUCAUUCUUUAUGUGCUACUGUUUGGGUUGGAUAACUCCAUGUGGGUCUAUACGCUGACUUUAUCUAAUGUAUCUUCUGAUAUGAGUGAUAUUCGAGUAUUUCUAGCAUCCUCAUAUGCAGCUCUGAGUCCCAUUCUCAUCAUAUUAACCAACCCUAAACUUCAUCGCCUUUGGAUGCUCUCUAACAAGAACAAGCCUUUCCAAAAACAUAUGGGAAGCAGUGUAACUGUGUAUAAUGUAAGUGUAUAAAAAUGAAAUAGUAUUUGUAGUAUAGCAUCCAUCAGGAGUGGAAACCAUCUCAUCUGAAAUAAACACAAUAAAUAACAGCACACAUAUACAAAUUUAGGUCUUGUUUAUUAAACAAGUAUAGCUUGCCUUGCUUCUCCUUUGUAUAUACCAGUGUUGUAAUGCUCAUGAGAUGCACUGGAGGCCAAUUAAUGGAAAUGUACCCAUCUGGGUCCCACCAGAUUUGUUAAAGAGUAACUCCACUUUGAUGAGAAAAAACACUCCCCUCUGGGUCAUUUAUGUACAUUGCAGGGAGUUUAACAAACUUUGUUGCACAUUCUUACCUGUUGGUGUUCUGAAGAAAUCCCUGUGUGUGUGUGUCAAUGUGGAAAAUGUAUCUAAAGGCAGUGGUUUCAUAAUUAUCAAUCAGCUGCUGCACUUGCAGGGCUCUAA